AAAGAAAUGCAACACAAAUGCAGCUUAAUAGCACGUGACCUACAACAAUCCACAUCAGAGCGUUGAGCUGUCCGCGGUGCUGAAAUCUCUGUGCCUGAGUCUCAGGUGGGAGCCUUUCAGAGCUCCUCAGCCCCCCACACCCGUUUGUCAGCGUUCAGAGUGAGUGGCGUCUCACAGGUGUGUUUGCAAGGCGCUAGCUCCCUGGGGAGCGAUGACUGUCACCUGAGCUGUAGAAACUGUUUCCACCUUCAUAUCGGCUCCUCCCUGAGUUCCCCGUCGGCCUGUUUGCUCGCGUUUCCUGUCAUGCUUGACUUCAACGUAAGCCUUUUACCGACGGCAGAAAGAUUUUCUUUCUUAGCCGCUUAAGGAGACAAUCUGCUUAACAAUAUCUGUCAAGUCAUGCAUGUUUUCUCAGGGUAUGUUUCUCCUGCUUGUUAAAAGUCCCAGAAAGGGGACGUAUUUUGAGUCAACCGAUCCAGUUGGUCAUGUGAGUUUGCCUGUUGAGGGCACAGAGUUCAUUAGGCAGCCGUAUUGGUUUCAAUCAGUGGCUUUGUGGUGAGCGCGCCUGGAUGGAGCCGCUUUACCCACACGCCAUAUGUCUCCUCAGUCAAAUGGAGACUGCUGCCCCAGCCCUCUGCUCCCUCCACCUCUGACCACUCGAACCGGUUUCUCCGGCUUACUGGGGCUUUAGCAGCAUCUGUGCAGCAAAUUUAGGGCAGUGGUGUCUGUGUGUCUGACUGGUGGUUUAAACCAGAAAAGCGGAGCCGUGAUCUUUAGUUGUGUGGGCUUACGGCGCCCUGAAACCUUCGCUGCAUGUCCGCAAUGAUGUUCAGCCCCAGGUGCAGGGAAAGAAUGGAGAGGCAGACCCUGGAAGAGGUGAAAUUCGAAGAGGGUGAAAUGAUUCCAAAGUCGGGAAAAUCUCCAGCAGACUCCAGGAAAAGUGUUGGCAUCCAUGAAUUUGCAGCCCUCGCCAGAUCCUCCCUAAAUGGCAUCUCUCAGGCAGUGAGGGACCAUGUGACAAAGCCAACCUCCCUGGCUCAGGGCCGGGUCGCCCACCUCAUAGAGUGGAAAGGUUGGCCUAAACCUACAGGUCCUCCGCCGGGAACUCACUCCCAGUUCAACUCUUACUGUCGUCUGACUGAAGGGGAGAAGGAGGCUCGGUUUGCAGCAGGAGUGGCUGAGCAGUUUGCCAUCGCUGAGGCCAAGCUUCGUGCCUGGGCGUCUGUGGAUGAAGACGACGAGGAAGAUUUCAACGAUGAAGAUGGGCAGACUCGCACCAUGUCCACCGAGAGUCCAGACGCCGCCGUGUCCGAACCUAUCCGGGGAGACCCAUGCCACCCUGAGGCUCAAGACGUCGAGGUGCCGCCGUCUGUUCAUCCCUCAGGCUCCAUCAGCAGCAGCAGCAGCAGCAGCAGCAGCGACGGCCCCUUCCCGGAUAGGCCUUCAGCUGAUAAUGACCUGGAGAGCGACUCGCCCGGAUCGCGCAGCGGCUACUUGUGUCCUUUCCUGGAGGAAGAAGAAGAAGAAGAGGAAGAGAGGCUGAGCGGCCUGGCGGAGCAGCUGGCUCCCUCGCAGGAGCAGCGUGGCGAGGUGUGCGUCCACAGCAAGCCAGAGUGGCGGCCUCGAAACAGAAGCAGCAGGUUCGACUCCUGCUACUCCACGUCUCACUCGGAGUCUCCCGGGGAGGAGGACGAAGAGGACGAGGAGGAGGAGGAGGAAGGCAGCGUGUUUCACGAGGUGCGGGUGUGGCACUGCAGCCCCAGAGGCUUCUUCUCUGACCGGAGGUCUUCCGGAGUGGCGUCUUUUGACGAAGAGGAGGGGAGGGAGGAGGCAGAGGAAGAGAAGAAGGAGGAGAAGGAGCAUUUGAUGUGAUGUGUCGUCCAUGUUUAUGUCUUUCUGAGUCGGUGUUGAUUCUGAUAUGACAUAGAUCUAUUCCGAUUACAAUGUGAACCUCCUCUCCAUCCCCUCCGUCUCUUUUCCCUCCACCUCUCUCCUCCACUGGCAGCCCUCCCUCCCUCCCUCCCUCCCGCCCCCGUCCAGGCCUUUCACUGACCUCCUCCCACAGGUCGUCGCUGCCAUUAACAGUGUACGUGUCAGAGAGUCCAGUGAGGAUGUAAAGCUGUCGUUCAAACUGAGUUUUGUACAUUUUUGUGAAGAGUCAUGUGCGGUUCAUUUGUCGUUUUUCUAUGGAUGUUUUGUAGUGUGGUUUAUUUUCCAGGUCAUGCUGUGUCACAUGGGUUUGAUAUGGAAAGCACGAGUGUCCUUCAUAUAUAAAUAUGAUUUUUGAAACAAGA